ACUUUUCCCGGGUCAUAACGGUGCGAAGUCAUUGUAAUAUUUAUGUAGCGGCGUCUCAUUAGCAUAAUUUAUAAUAAGAUACGUUUUCCCGGCAUAAAUUAAUGUCAAUAUUUGUAAAUCUAUAAAAUUGAAGAAUUGCGGAUGCAAAUAUUGACAACAAAAAUUAACCAGAAAGAUUGCGUUUGGAGUGUUUGAUGUUCAGUCGCUCGAUCCUCUAGGUUAAAUGGACUGUGAGUGACUUAUACCUUGGAAUUUUACAUGUGAUGAAGGACAGAAUAUAAAAGUUUAAGUGUGUUAAAGUCCACGCUUUUGGAUGAACACAGUGAGGGACUGAGACAAAAAGCCUCGUGUGUGUGUGUGUGUGACUUAAGAAUUCCGUAAAAGUGGCUCCCGUUGUAGACCGCCCUCCCGAGGAUUCCCUCUGUUACCGUGGAGACAGUAUGGACGGGGACUCGAACGAUGAGGGGACGGUAACGGAGUCUCUGAACGGGGAGACGAAGCCCGACCCUGCCAAACUCGCCCAGACCGCAAUCAUUAAACAGGAUGUUAUGCUCUCGGCGACCAGCACUCAGUCUCCAUUGGCAACCGUAUCCAGCGUGUUCACCAUGCCCAAUAUCUCCAUGCCAACAGUCUCCCUGGCUAACAGUGGGGGCCUCGGGGGGCUGACGGACCACUUGUUUAUGUCUCAUAUACCAGCAGACCCUCCAAAUGCCCAUAGUAACUCUGUCACGGACAGUCAUACAGACAAAACCGGUUUAGGGUCAUUAGCCAGCCCUUCACAGUUGUUUGGACAACCCCAGGUGGCAGCACCACAGUUCUUCCUCACAGGUAAUGGAGCCCAGCAGUUCAUCAGUAUUCCUGUUUCCUUGGGAACGGGUGGAAAUCACCAGAUACAGUUACUGACCACUUCUAAUGGUCAAAUCAUAGCAACCAACCUCGGAGGAAUCCCAGGACUGACUCAACCACUCAACUUAAACCUCAACUCUGGAUCAAACCAAGCACAGAGUAGCAGUUCCAGCAGUAGCACCUCCAAUCUAGGUUUAACUAACCUUCCCCAACUGCUGACGGCCGCUGGGGCCCAGGGCCAAAUUCUAGCUGUAGGCCCUCAGGUACUGAACCAGCUGUCCCUUACCCAUAAUUCCACCUCCAGCUCUUCCUCCCAGAAUUCCCAGUCACUGACCAAUGGUCAUCUCACUCAGUCCACCAGCCAGUCAACAGCUGCUCAGUCAGCCGUGCAGUCCGCCGUCCAAUCAGCAAUCCGUAAUGCUCAGUCAGCCAAAAUCUCAAACCAGUCAUCUGUAACGUCACUCUCCGACGGACUUCCUCCUAGUGUUAGUCAACUACUGCCGAACACAGUAGGAAACUCCACAGAGAGCACGACGGUGGAUGGAAUUAAUCUGGAUGAAAUUAAAGAAUUUGCCAAACAGUUUAAGAUUCGUCGCUUAUCUUUAGGACUGACACAAACUCAAGUGGGACAAGCCCUCAGUGCAACCGAGGGACCGGCGUAUAGCCAGUCUGCUAUCUGUAGAUUUGAAAAGUUGGACAUUACCCCUAAGAGUGCUCAGAAGAUUAAACCUGUGUUGGAGCGCUGGAUGCAGGAGGCAGAAGAAAGGUACAAGAACGGCAUUCAGAAUCUCACGGAUUUCAUCGGCAGCGAACCCUCCAAAAAACGCAAACGUCGCACGUCAUUCACACCCCAAGCUCUGGAGGUUCUUAAUAAUUUCUUUGAAAGGAAUACACAUCCUUCAGGUGCUGAGAUGACAGAAUUGUCAGACAAACUGAACUACGACAGAGAAGUGAUACGGGUGUGGUUCUGUAACAAACGACAGGCGUUAAAAAACACCAUCAAAAAACUCAAACAAGAGACACCAUAGGACAGAGCGUAAAAUUAGAUAUAAAUCCUAAUUAAAGCUAAAUCAAGGCAAAGUAUAAGAAUAAUACACCAGUAUAGAAAAUGAGAAUUCCACAAAGGGAGAAAGUUUUGAAGGAAGGGCUACGUUCUCUGGCAGCAGAAACUUUGUAUUUCUUGGAAAGUUGUUUAAAUGGGAAUCACAGGAUGGCACAAUUAAAUCAUGAAUGUAAAAGGUAGGAAAAUCAUAAGGGAGUUUGUUGUGAGCUUUUUUCACAGUUUAAGGUUUUAGUGGUGUUUUUUUUUUAUAUAAAUGGGGACUUAAAAGACAAAAUACUUCAAGUGUAAAGAAGUUAUCAUCAUUCGUUGGAGAAAUGUUGUCAUAAUUAAAUUUUUUGAAUGAGAAAAUUUGUUUUUUUAAAAGAGAUCAUGGAAAUGUUCUUAUAAUUUACAGUGUGUAUAGCAUUAAAUGCUUUUGACACGUGUUGUGCAAUAUUAUACAAGACAUUUAUUUAUUAAUAUAUACAUAUUUAUUCUGUAUGAUUUUAUUGAUAUUUUUUAAGACUUUUUAGUUUAUUGAUAUAUGUUUUUGUAUAUACAUUGUAUAUUCAUCCACAUUUUAAGGUUGAUCGUUGAACAACAAAGUUAGAUAACUCUCUCCUAUGAAAAACUCAUUUUUGGGGCAUGAGAAUAAAUAUUACCAUCUUUUUUGUGCAAUAUUGGUAGCCAUAAUUAUCUUGCCAUUGAAAGAGAGUGAGUUAUCUACUUUUGUGUGAAGACGGAGUCACCUUAAUCAGCAUUAACAUGACUGUCCUAGUCCAGAAUACUGGGUUGUCUUUACCAUUUGUCUACUGAAGACAAAGAAUUGUGUAUAUAUACAUGUAAAUGUGUAAGUAUUUUAACUUGACUACAAUUCUCUACUUCUUUUACUUAUUAAUUGAUGUUCAUAACCAAUAUUACUUACAAUAUUACGCAUUAUGGUCAUGUGACUGGUUUGUGUGACUUUAUGAGGUAUGAAUAUUAAGGGUGUUUGUCUGCAACAGUAUCCUUUGGUCUCUGUCUACCCCCACAGUAGUAGUGAUAGUAACUACCGUAAAUACUAAACGAUUGGUGUUAAAAGAGGGGCGGUGUACAUAAUCUUUUAUAUUCAUACGAUACUGAAAAUAAUUCAACCGAAAAAAAAAAUGAGAAUUCAGAAACAGUUGAACUUUAGCACCUCGAACAUUUACAUCUUGAAAUACCAGGGUUGAACUGAAGUGGAAGUCUCCACUGAUUUUUUUUUCCAUGUAUUUUAACCGAGAUAUUGAGAAUCCUCAAGAACUUUUUCCUCUGUUCCAUCAAGUUUGAGGUAAUGAUGUUUGACAGCAGUGAUUUACUGAGGUACACUUUAAACUUCUGAAAAUGGCUAAUGCAUGUAAAAUUUCCUCCUUUAACUUUAUUCUGAUAGAUGAUACAUUUUGUAAAUGUAUUCUGAUGAUCAGAUCAGGGAGUUGGGAGACUUGAUCAUCACUAUCUCUUUUUACCCUGGUUCAAGUUUAUAGAGAAGAACCAUUCUCUUUUACCAAUUACUGUAGAAAGUCAUCCAUUUAUAUCAAUUAUGAACAAAAAAAAAUUGUGGUGAAGACAAAAUAACUUUUUCAUUUUAAAAAAUUUAUUGAAAGAAGCAGAAAUUCACUUUCGCUAAAGAAACUACUUAUAAAUGUGAUGUCAGAGAAGUCUCACUGUUUACAUUCUAAAGCACUUGGGGAGGAAUCACCCUGCUUUUGCAAAGAGAGAUAACUCUGGAUAUAUCAAUAUGUUUCCUUCUUUAACACUGGUUGUAUUUACUCUUAUGAUAAUGUUGUGGUGGACAGACAGCUUCGAUGGCCAGUGGUUAUAGAUAGCUCAGUUAUUAGAGCACCUGACUGGAGAUUCAGGGGGCCCUGGGUUCGAAUCCUAAUCUGGUCCAUUACAUUUUUCUCCUCUCCUGUAACAAUGUGAAAUCACCAAUUUUUUUUUUUGG